UAUAAACAAGUUAGCUUUAACUUUGACUUCUUUUUAUAUCAUACAUAUUCAGAUAGAUUGUUCACCUGAUUCGGAUAUAAAGAUGAAUAGUUUAAACAAAUCAUUAAUUGUUGUGUAUAUUAUCUUGAUCAAAGCCGAUUCCUGCGUCUCUCAGCCGAGUUGUUUCGCAAACUGCGCAGCAUGUUCAAAUUCAACCGUGUGCACAUCAUGUGACUCUGGAUACUACUUACGGAAAACUGAGAAAUGUAGAGCGUGCACGUACGUAGGAACGUACUGUGUUGCAUGCAGUAAUGAAACGCAUUGUAACGAAUGUAGGGCAGGAUUCUGGGGCACCACUUGUAUAUAUUUUUGUUCUGAUGGUUGUAACACAGAAACGUGUAACUCGUUUAAUGGGACAUGUACUUGUAGACAAAGGUUUUAUGGACCUACAUGUGGAAACAAAUGUUCGGAAAACUGCCUUACUGACACAUGUGGGGUUAACGGUGAAUGUGAGUGCAAAGACGGGUAUUAUGGAAAUCAAUGUAUUGGAAUGUGUUUUUCUGGAUGUGAGAAAUGCUCUGAUGGCACGUCAUGUUCUGUGUGCCCCACUGGAAGAUAUGGACAACUGUGUGGGAUGCAUUGUGAAUGCGAUGGAAGAUGCGACAUACUCACUGGUGAGUGUAUAAAUGAAAUGUGUCCUGAAACGUGUGCAUCAUGCGGAAAAAGUGAACAGUGCAAUAAGUGUACUAUCGGUUGGUAUGGUGCACGAUGUAACAGCACUUGUUUAGAUAAUUGUAAAGGGGGUUGUGAGCAAUACUCCGGACAUUGCAAUGCAUGCUAUUAUGGCUACUUCGGAAGAGAAUGUGAUUUUCAAUGCAAUUAUUGUCGUAACGGUAACUGUACUCAAGAGGGGGAGUGUAUCUCGUGUUAUAAUGGCUACUUUGGGCUACUAUGUAAUAACAAAUGUUCUGAGGACUGUGUUGGCCAUUUUUGCAACCAGAUAGAUGGAACGUGUUAACAAUAGGUGAAGUGUCCUGUGGAUUGUGUCAGUUGUACGGACAACGUUACAUGCACUGAAUGUAAAAACUCUUUUUACGGCUUUAUGUGUACGUUUAAAUGUAGCAGUACGUGCAAGGGUGGAACAUGUGACAUAGAAUCUGGACGUUGUGAGAAUUGCGAGUUAUCACAUUACGGGGACUUUUGCGAAAAUAUCUGCUCACAAAACUGUGCAGGUUCCCUAACAGAUUUAAAAUGCGACUCAACAGGAAAGUGCAACCGCGGAUGUAUUGAUGGUUUCAUUGGCGAUACUUGUACUUCAGAAGCCGAAAAGCAUCACACCGUUGGGGCGGAAGAAGAAACUGGGUCUGGUUCGGUCAUUGGUGGAGCAGUCGGUGGUGCCCUUGGUUUGUGUGUUGUCAUAACACUGGUGGUAGUGAUGGUAACUAAGGAGAAAGGGGUUCUUAGCCGAGUAUGAAAUACCCGACUCAGAGCCGCGGUCUGGGUUGAGCAUGGAAAGUAAAGACACCGGGGUAUACUACAAUAAUGAAAAUGCCUACUACAAGAAUGUCGGUGGAAAUGUUCAAAAGACAUGAGUAUCUACACCAACAAUUAAAAUACAGUGGUUUUGUUUAUUGAUCUAUAACUUGUCACAGCUGUAUAGUUUCGCACAAUUAAAUAUUGGU